UACUGUAUCAUAAUAUGGUGGAUACAUUGGGUUGGAUGGAUGUUGCAUUACAAAAAGCAAAUGAUUCAUUAAAAGCGGGAGAAGUUCCUGUUGGAUGUUUGUUUGUAUACAAUAAUGAAGUCAUUGCUAUAGGUAACAAUACUGUUAAUGAAACUCGUAAUGCAACUAGACACGCUGAGAUAAACUGUAUAGAUCAGGUCUUAGCAUUCUGUAAAAGUAAAAAUUUAGAUUACAAAAAUGUUUUUAAUAAUGUAGAUGUAAUAGUUACUGUUGAACCAUGCAUUAUGUGCACUUCUGCACUGUAUCAACUGUCUGUGCGUAAUAUUGUGUAUGGCUGUGCAAAUGACCGUUUUGGUGGAUGCAUUAGUGUUUUUAAUGUACCUAAACUUUAUAAUUCAGAAACAAAGAUAUUAGGUGGUGUUAAGAGCGAUACAGCAAUGGCUUUGUUAAAAGAAUUUUACAAAGGUACAAACCCUAAUGCACCUAAAUCAAAAGUAAAAAAAGAUUGCAAAUUAAAAAAGUGUGAUAAUCAUUAGAGGUAUAAUUUUAAAUGAUUCUUUGUUCCAUUUUCAUAAAACUAAUGAAUAGACAAGUGGUUCGUAAUUUUCAUUUUGACAGUAUAUAUAUAUAAACGAUACAAUAUACAGUAUACUUACAAACUUAUUCUUCCUAAAAAUUAAAAUAUGUGCAGCAAGUAUAAAAAACGUAUUGUAUUUGUUAAUUUUUUAUACUUAUUUAUUUUAUAAUAAACUAUUAUAAAAUUAUUUUAGCUUAAAAGUAUUUAUGAACACCAUGAGUGGUCUAUUUCACAUUUUCCUUGGUACCAUCUGAUUAAUAACUGAUUCCUCAGUGUAUAAUCUUUUAGCACCAUAUUUUUUGUCUGAAAACAAUGAUUAUUUUUUGUAAAAAAAAGAUUAAUUAUAAUCAUAUUUCUCAGAAGACGACUUACUAUCGGUGGUGGAAAAAUCCUCUGAAAGUCCAUUUUAUUUUGAUGUUCAUUAUAACUUUGGGAUAAGAUGAGUUUAGUUUCAGCCGUGAAACAUGGUUUACAAAGCUGACAUUCUACACGGAAACAAUCGUUACAUUCCAUACAGAGUUCUGGGAGAACUACUAAAUUUUUAUCAGCUAUUAUCAUUUGAUCUUCUACCUGACUUCUAAAAUAAAGGAUAAGUUUAUGAAUCACUUUUAAUUUAACUUCGUAUCAUAUUUGUUCUAAUUUCUACCUUAUUUUCAAGGAAUCUUUUUUAAGUCUUUGUCCAACACCGACUAAAGCAAACAAAUUAUAUAUAACUUGUUCAUAAAGCAAUUGAUUUGGCUGAUAAUGCGCAGAAGAUAGAUUUGGAGACAUAUUAGCUUCCAUGGUAUACACAUUCAAAUUCUCAUCAAGGGCAAAGUCAAACCGAACUAAUUCAAAGAAAUUUCUUCCAUUUCCAUAACGUUCCACAGCUUCUUUGAUAUAUCCUUCUUUUGCCAAAGUUAUUUCUCUUAUUGCUUCGUACAUAGCGCUCCACACUUUCUGGGAAUCACUUCCAAGUGAUCUUACAUAGGCAUCAAACGAGUCUUUCAUUGAAAACCCUAAUGUAGUGUAGUAAUGUUUUAAGGAAGGAACAUUCCAUAUUGGUAAAUAAUCAUCUCCAACUACAUACUUAUCUAAAACUUCUGCAUUAAAUGGAUGAUAUUUUAUGGGACAAAAUCUAAAUAAGACAUCACCUUUAUAUAUGUACACUCUAACAGGAUCAAUUGAAGUGAUUACAGUAUACACUCCAAUGUCAAAUUUAUAGCCAUCAACAAGAAAUGGUUGCUGUAUGAACUCCUGGACGAAUGAACCAGUCACUGCAAGAUUUAUAUCGCUUAUAUUUUUUACUCUAAUACCGCGAUGGUCAUUGGACUUCUCCACAAAUAUUUUUUUAGGAUGUUCGUCAGCAUGUUUCAAGAAUUCAUCUCGUUGUUCUGGCAAUUUGAACGCCGGAAGUAUGUAUUGUCCUUUAGUUGUUGACAAAUCUACUUUGUUUGUAAUAUAUCCACAACCGGGAAAAUGAUUAACUCGUUGAUGAUCUUGUAAUUUACUUAAGUUAGAAGAUAGAACUCUGAAUGGAUAGUCAUGAGCCCAUAAUAAGUCCCAAUUUGAAUCGUUAUUGGUCUCUUUAAAACCCAACCGGUCAAGAACGGUGACUACGUGCUUUAAGUAUCCAGUAUCAUUACUUCUUGCAUAUAUCCUAUAUAUUGGUCUCUUUUCUUCUACUUUGAUUAUUUUCGUAUGUAUCCUUACUAAAUUUUCUUGAUAAUGUAGAUAGGCAAAAAAGAGGCAGUAUAAAAUUAUCGGGCCUACUACGGAAUAUAAACAAAUUUUUAGAAGCGUUUUCAUUUUUAAACUCAUAAUUUGAGCACAGUCUGUAUAAUCGGUAUCCUGUAAUAUCAAAGGAAUAACUUAAAUAAAUAUGCAUUUUAAAUAAAAAAUAUUUUACAAUGAAA